AUGGCCGCCUUGCACGAUGCCCUCCAAUGUCUUCUGCCAACGUCCUGGGACAAGGUUCCUAAAUCCCCCGAUGAGCUCCGUGAAUACGUCCGCGAUAUCUUCAAGAGUGGCCGGCUCAUAGCAGAAUCCCUCCCGGACCCUCCACCAUACGAUCGCGAAGAAUAUCCCGACCUGGAACCCCAAGCAACAAAAUCCAGGUCCCACACCCGAAUCAUCCCAUCGACCGCACGGGUGGGAGAAACCGACUCGGAGGUCACGUCGCUGCAGAAGCAAUGGGGGAAGCCAAUAAAGGUGGGCAGUCCAAAAGACAACCCUCUUGGAGUACAUGUUUGGAAAUUGUCUUCCAAUGACGGGAAGGGGUCUUGGUUUGGGCGACGAAGCAUACAUGAGGGGCUUCCAUUCUCACAGUGGAGGAAGAAGCUCUCUUCGGAAUAUGAAGAGACUCUGAAAGUCAAUCAACGAAAAAUCGAAAAGGGAGAAACGCCCGAUAACUGUAUCCGUGGUAUUGGAGCCGAGAGAAAGGUUGAGUUCAUCGAGGUGAAAGACGAGGAUAGCUCCGUACUAGGCCAGGUGACGGUCUAUCAUGUCUCUGCCCAAUUUCCCAAACCUACCGCGCCACGAGACUUUGUGGCUAUGGUCAUCACUUCGGACAUCGGGCUGCAAGUGGGUGGAACGAAACAGCCUGGCCGGAGCUGGAUGAUGAUCUCCAAGCCGUGCGACCAUCCCGAUGUACCGCAUAAGAACGGGUAUACUCGAGGCGAGUAUGAAUCUAUUGAGCUCAUCAGAGAGAUCCCUAAGAUGGGUAGUACCAACGGAGGUACUACAGAGAAUCUGAAAGAGGGUGGCUCCAACGCUACUAGCUCUUCGAAAGCCAAGAACCAGAGCAAAGAUGCCUUGGCUCAAGACGAACUGGGUGCUGCAGAUGGCGAGGAGGAAGAAACAAAUCCUGUCGAAUGGAUCAUGGUCACCAGAAGUGAUCCUGGAGGCAGUAUCCCUAGGUGGAUGGUUGACAAAGGCACUCCAAAGAGCGUCGGAGUAGAUGCUGCUAAAUUUGUUAACUGGGCCACCGAGGACGACAAACCGCGAAAGCUUGGCAAACAAACUGCAGCAUCGCCUAUCGGGACAUCACGAAGCCCUGAGAUUCAGCCCAGGGUUUCUACCGAAGACCUCGAUUCAAAUGAAAACAAUCUAUCAGAUUCAGACACUGACUCCUCGGACACUGAUACUCAAUCCCACCACGGCCUGAUUGCCAGUGUGACUGGCCUGCUCAACUCCGGCCUCGAACGAUUCGCGCCUCAAGCGUUUCUCGACUAUGUCCCACAUCAUCGGACAGCAUCGGGCCAUCUAGUAGAUGGCAUUAGGGAUGCAGGGGAUGAGAAAGAUGAACAUCCAGCUCCACAGCCAAAGUCAACCAAGUCAUCAGAGACCAAGCUGGUCGAUCCUCACCCUGACCAAGUCUCGAUAUCCUCCGCCCACUCUGGAUUUGGCACUCCGGCACUAGAUGAUAUCCCUCAAAAUAACCUCCCGCCGGCUGAGUUGAUGCAAAUAGCCAAAGCCGGUAAGCUCACAAGCCAUGAAAAAGAGCUAACCAAGCUGGCUUUGCGCAAACGUGAAAUCGAUGCCAAGCUCGAAACUGUCCGCUCCGAGCUGGACAAAAUGCACAUACCUGCGCGAAGCAAUACAUCAACUCCGAUGCGCGGCGUCUACAAUGACGUAGACAGUGAUACCAGCGGACUGCUCAAGCGCGCAGCGGAGAAUUCCUCUUCGACCCCAACCACCUCCUCGAGCACUCAGCAAAGCCAGAAGAUCAACGGUAACAGUAAUAGCGGCGGCGGCGACACACCAUCAUCUGAACACACUCAAAAAGCAGAAAGCCCACCGCAUAAUCACAAAGCCUCUUCGCAGCUCUUCCAUGAAGAGUCAAAGCUGUUGAAGCAACUGCGCAAGGUCGAGGGCAGUCAGCUCAAGGUGGCCGCUAAGAUUGAGGCUCAACAGCGCAAGGACGUUGAGCGCUUGGAGAAGUCAAAGUCGAAAUCUGAGAAUGAGACUUUGCGACAGGAAGUGAAGGAUUUGAAAAAAGAGAUUAGCCAGUUACGUGCCGAGCGUCAGAAGUGGUUGGAUCUUGUGUCCUCUUUGCAGGUGGAGAAUAAGAGGUUAGCUGAGAAAGAAGAAAAUUGUUGA